AUGUUCAUACAUCUUUUUUGUUUUCUUAGCUUCACAUCAGAAGAGGAUUCUGCAAGCUUUGAUUUAACAGGCGCACCAUCUGAAGUGGUCAGCGACGCCUUGUCCAAUCGUCAGACAGGAAACCCUGUUUCGACAGGCACCAACAACACACUACCAGCAGAUGACACAGGUCAUCAUUCUAUGGCGACAGUGACCAGGGCUGGGCCUCUGUGUCGGCUGCUGCAGCUGGAGGACGACCAGACACGAACGAUAGAGCUGGUGCAACCUUGGCUUCACUUCCAGGGUCUGACUUUCACCCGGGAUUCCCCGCACCCGGGGAGAGAAGGUGUGUUCGUGGCUCCGUUUGUAGACAGAGGUAGCAGCAAACUGUUGGCGGGAUUUCUGGAUGUGGGAGACCAGGUGUUGCAGGUGGAUGGGCUCGACGUCAGCAAUAUGUCUCUAGGGGAGAUUCACUUCCUGAUCCAGUCGAAGCCACAGAUGACCAUUAGAAUCUCCCCAAACAGUGGUAACUGA